AUGGGCCACGCUCCCUCCAGACGCAACACUGCUGAUAUCAUCAUGCCAACCAACGACACUGCAGUUCUCAAGAGGCUCAAUAAUUGGCGGAACGUGGACAUGCUGGUGUGGGUGAAGAGCACCUUCGGUCAGGUGGCCUUCAACCCUCCCACCAACGCCAUCUCCUUCCAGAUGCUUCCGUACAGCCAGCAGUGGCACGCCAUGGCGCACCGAGCCAUGGCCCGCCUGCCCUCGCGGUACAUUGCGGUGCACUACCGCUCCGAGAUCAUCGCCUUCCACCUCCUGCACAAGCUAGUGCGACGAGGCUUCAAGGCGGAGGCAGGCGUGCUGGAGGCGCUGAUGUCGGGGUGCAUGGAGGUGGCGUGCGACCUCAUCAACGGCAUGAAGCGCCGCCACAACAUCUCGGCCGUCUUCAUCGUCGCCGACAUGCCGUUUGACGACCACGCGGGCAGCCUCGUGCGCUCCGACUCGUGGAGGGAGACCACGUGGAAGUUCCAAGGGCAGGACAGGAUCCUGCAGGCCCCGCGGGAGAAGCUGCGGUGGCUGAGGGAGCAGGUGGCGGGCACAGUGAUGGUGGACGAGCUCUUGCCCGAUGUCAACCAGUAUGACCCCGGUCAGUGCACUCUGCUUGGGUGGGUGGCUUCUUUCGUGGGUCGCUGCUUGGGUGGGUGCCUCCUUGAGUGGCUGCUUUGA